AUGGAGUUUCCGCCCCAGGUCAAUUGGCACAAAUCAGAAGAUAUUCUCCGUUCCGACGAUGUUGAGGCAGAUAUACUCAUGCUACUGGACACGCAAUAUGCACCCAAACCAGCGAUUGAUCAUACCACUACAGGUAGCCCAUCGGAGAAGAAUAAGAGUAAGAAGAAGAAAAAAAACACAAAGCAUUUUGAGCUCAUAAGUGCGUGCGAAAUUGGCGAAAGACCGGCAAGUCCGGGACCAGGUUCUUUCACUCAUGCUUUAAUCCAUGCUUUGACUACACAAGCAAAUGAGGAUAACAGCGAACCGUUAUCGACUUUGAGACUGAACCAGCAGAUCUGUAUGAACCCUCAACGCAAUACUUCAUCCACGAUAUGGUUCUCGUCAGCUAGCACAACUCAUAUUGGUCUUCUGGGUAUGGUCAAAGCAUCUGGCAUGACCUGGCAGGGUCAAUUUGGAAUGAUAAACCACUGGCAAACCCAAAGGAAGGGCAAAGGCUAUGUAAAGCUAGGACUCGAAUUACGCGACGACGGUUUGACAGAGAGGCAGAUCGAAAAGCUGGUGCAGAUCCUAGCAGAAUUAAGGGGAGAGGAGGGUGUUGGACUUUGCAGCGCCGAUUGGCUUGGAUUUGAGGUGAAGCGCACAUCGAUUGCAAUGUUCUCAAGAGCAGUCCACAUAAUAAUGCUUAUCCAGCGAUGGAAACGUCUGGCACUUAAAGAGGAAGGUCCCGGAAUCUCAUGGUCUACUGCAGCGACUCCUGGAGUACUAUAG